GCGAGAGUGACUCGAUGUGUAGCGCCGAUGUCACGGUCGGGCGUUACUACCGUUUCACCUGCAAUGCCUCCGGUUCGAAUCCCGCCAGUAACAUCACCUGGCUGAUCAACACCAAGGGCAGAUGGGGAACAACUCAGAGAGAGAUUCCCGCGGAUUGGAGCCGGUCUCACCAAGCUGAGACCGACACGGACUGGGAGACUUCGAGCUAUAUCAACCUUCAGAUACUCCCAGAGGAUCGACACGGCAGCGUCGCGUGCAGGGUGAUGUACCUUGACGAAAAGACGGUGUUUAGAGAGAUCGUCAUGAAACUGCAGGUCGUGGAGCCGGAGGCACCGCAACUGGCGAAAUGGGUGAUGGUGGCCUGCAUCCCAGCGGCGGCGAUUGUUAUUGCUUGUGUUAUUGCCAUGGUGAUUGCUCGAAAACUCAAACAUCAAUCGGCACCGCGCCAGCCACGCCCACCAGUAUAUGCACCUCCGCCAUCUUCUCAUAAAGAGGUGAAGAGUCACGUGUUAGAAGAUGACGGUCUGUAUCAGGAGCCAGUGGUUCACGACCAACAAACAGAAAGAUCAAGUUCAGACCAGAACGUCCCCUUCUAUCACACCACCAUCAACUAAUAUCAGAGAACCCCCAACAUUCGGAAGGGUCGUCGGUGAAGACUUCUCACAAUGGAAACAAGAACAAAAUUAGUUUAUUUUCGGUGUUUAACAACAAUUGAUAUGUUGGAGUUGUUUUAUCAUUGGUCCCUUAACCUUAAAAGGGCCGGGGCAUAUAUAUUGCAAUAAAAAGAAAAUCAGGGUCGCCCCCUCAACUUUUACCGCGAUACCCUUACAU